AUUAAAAGAAAUAGGGAAAUUUUUUAUGAUUUGCAAGAGACAAAAUGUCAGCACAAUUUAUUUGGUUGAAAAUAUAUUCUGUAGUAGAUGUCAUGUUUCAAUAUAAUAUGAUGUCAUUCACUAAUAUGUAAAUUCACUGAGGCAGUUUAUGAUUCAGAGAUUGGAUUUUCCAUAAGUAUCACAUAAAAUAUUUAUAUGUGGGAUAAAAAUAUAUGCAAUAAAUCUUAUAAAUCUAUCAGGAAAAAAAGAACACAGGACUUUAAAAAUAUGGGAAGUAAACAUUACAGGAAUCUGACUAGACAACAUACACCAAAAGAUAAAAGAAUAUUAAAACAUCUCACCUUCAUUAAUAUAAAGGGCAUGAAGGUAAAAACCAAAAAGAUGCAUUUUCAUUCUUAAUUAGAUAUCUAAUUUACUGUAUAAUUUUAAAUAUAUGGUGUCAGAGGAUUAGGAAGUCCAUCAAAACAGAUGGUUUUAUACAUUUUUGCCUUUAUGUUUGAAACCAGAUCCUUUUAUACUUCUUAAACAAAGAUUGUGAUAGCAACUCCAUUUUCUAUCAAUCCCUUCAAUACUGUUUAAAGUAAGGGGAAUCAUGUGCUUCUUUUUUUUUUUUUUUUGAAGUAUAUCUUAAAAUGAUCGGUUACUCUUUUAUGGUAAUUGAACCCAGUGUCUUAUAUAUACUAGAAAUAAACUCUGAAAUUUGUUAUCAGCUAUAAAUAUAUACAUUGAUUACUUAAUAUUUAUAUAACUCUAUUUGUUUAAUGAGUAUUAAUUGUUAUAACCCAAUCCACAGGAAAACGCAUCUUCCUUUUCAAAAUGUAUAGGCCUUAAAGUUUUGACAUGCCAAGUAAUUGUCUCAAACUUAACAAGUUGACAAAUGGACAAAGUUCUGAUUACUAUUAAAAUAUAAAGGCUUAAUUUUUAAAAAAGAUAAUCUACAUUGUAAAAUAUUUAAAUAUUUCCCAAUGAUUUGUGAAAUGUUGAUGUCUGUCUUUUUCAAGGCUUUUUGAGGUUAAAAGGUUUUAUCGAAUAUGUUUUGUUGUAUUGUAUUAUAUUUGUAGCAAUGUUCUAAAUUCUCUGAAAGGUUAUUCAUAUAAUGCAUUAUUUAAAAUAUGCAAAAAUAUACUUUUUUAUUUUAUGUGCUACCUUUCUUUUUUAGAUAUUUUUAUUUUAAUAAUAUUUUUGAAUAAUGUAUUUUGACCAUAUUCUUCCCUUGCAAUUCCUCCUAGAACCUUUCACCUCAGCCAUUGCUCACCUAACCUAAUGUUAUUGCCUUGUGCUUUCCUCUUCUCUUUCUCUCUUUCUCUCUCCCAAAAAACCUGAAAAAUAAAAAUCAAAAUAAAUAAGUAAAUGACUAAUAAAAGAAAACAAUGUCAAAAUAUCAAAAAAAACAAAAAACAAAAAACAAAAAACAAAAAUCACAGAGAUCCUUUCAUGUUGGCUAUCUUCAACUCCUCAUGGGCUGCAGUGGAAUAGAGCUGAUACUGCCAGUGAUACAGGAUUGGGAAAAAGAAAAAGAAAAAAAAAAACGAAACAGAUUUUUCCCAUUGCUAGCAGGAGUCAUAAGGAUAUCUUCUAAAAUGGAUAGAGAGUUGCAAGAUACAUACUGUGUAAUUAUUCAAGCCAAGGACAUGCUUGGUCAGCCUGGAGCCCUAUCUGGAACAACGACCAUAUCAAUUAAGCUGUCAGAUAUUAAUGACAACAAGCCAAUAUUCAAAGAAAGUUUCUACCGCUUCACUAUAUCUGAAUCUGCACCCAGUGGAACAACUAUAGGCAAAAUUAUGGCAUAUGAUGAUGACAUAGGAGAGAAUGCAGAGAUGGAUUAUAGCAUUGAAGAUGACGAGUCACAAAUAUUUGACAUAGUUAUUGACAAUGAGACCCAAGAAGGGAUAGUUAUACUCAAAAAGAAAGUUGAUUUUGAGCAUCAGAACCACUAUGGCAUUAGAGUAAAAGUUAAAAAUUGCCAUGUUGAUGAAGAGCUUGCUCCAGCUCAUGUUAACGCCUCCACAACCUACAUUAAAGUUCAAGUAGAAGAUGAAGAUGAACCUCCCACUUUCCUCUUACCAUAUUACAUAUUUGAAAUUCCUGAAGGAAAGCCCUAUGGAACAAUGGUAGGAACAGUUUCUGCCGUAGACCCAGAUCGAAGACAAUCUCCUAUGCGAUAUUCUCUCAUUGGAAGCAAAAUGUUUGAUAUCAAUGGCAAUGGAACAAUAGUUACCACUAACCUACUUGACAGAGAGGUCAGUGCUUGGUACAACUUGAGUGUCACAGCUACUGAAACUUACAAUGUACAACAGAUCUCUUCAGCUCAUGUUUAUGUCCAAGUUUUAAACAUUAACGACCAUGCUCCUGAGUUCUCUCAAUUGUAUGAGACUUAUGUUUGUGAAAAUGCUGAAUCUGGUGAGAUAAUUCAGACCAUCAGUGCAAUCGAUAGAGAUGAGUCCAUAGAAGAUCAUCAUUUUUACUUUAAUCAUUCUGUGGAAGACACAAACAACUCAAGUUUUAUUCUAACAGACAAUCAAGAUAACACAGCUGUAAUUCUGAGUAAUAGAGCUGGUUUUAGCCUUAAAGAGGAGACUGUUUUCUACAUGAUCAUCUUGAUUGCUGAUAAUGGAAUUCCACCUCUUACAAGCACCAAUACUCUCACUAUACAAGUCUGUGACUGUGGAGACAGUAGAAGCACUGAAACUUGUACUAGUAAGGAACUUCUCUUUAUCAUGGGAUUCAAAGCAGAAGCAAUAAUUGCCAUCGUGAUAUGUGUUAUGGUAAUAUUUGGGUUUAUCUUUUUGAUACUUGCUCUGAAACAGCGAAGAAAGGAGACCCUAUUUCCAGAGAAAACUGAAGAUUUUAGAGAGAAUAUAUUUUGCUAUGAUGAUGAAGGCGGCGGAGAAGAAGACUCAGAAGCCUUUGAUAUCAUAGAGCUGAGACAGAGUACAGUAAUGAGAGAAAGAAAACCACGGAAGAGCAGGAGCGCAGAGAUCAGGAGCCUGUACAGGCAGUCCCUGCAGGUGGGCCCAGACAGCGCCAUAUUUCGAAAAUUUAUCCUAGAGAAGCUUGAAGAAGCAAACACAGAUUCAAGUGCUCCCCCCUUUGACUCACUACAGACUUUUGCCUAUGAGGGGACUGGGUCAUCAGCUGGCUCUCUGAGCUCCUUGGGUUCCAGUGUCACUGAUCAGGAAGAUGACUUUGACUAUCUUAAUGACCUGGGACCUUGUUUUAAAAGAUUAGCAAACAUGUUUGGUUCUGCAGUGCAACCUGACAAUUAAGGUUUUACAAUAUCAGCAUGCAAUAAGUAUUAAGGCAUGUUUACAUGAAAUGAGAGUUUUUUGGGAGAAUCACCUACUCUGGUUUUCUGUCUGGUAGGAGACCUGAUUUGUAAUAUUCUGAUUUUUUCAAACACACUCAUGGCAAUUUCCAGUUCAACAAAGAGAUUGGGAGUAAUGCUACCAAUCAGAGUUAAUAUAUUACUGCAAACAACCAGUUCUGCAACACUGAGAUGGUCAUCUAUAAUUUUUUUUGUGUAAUUCAAUGUAGAUUCUCAACAACUCUGAAGGGUAAAAUGAGAAAUGUUGCAAAGAAAGCUAUCUGUAUAGUUUUCUAUCUAUCUUUUUUUUUUACAAAUUAAGUAUGAAACCUCUCUGUCUACUAAGUUCUUGAUAUUGUGCAGAGAUCAAUUAUAACAACCGGAAGAAUUCUGGAUGGUUUCAUAAAGCCAUACAAAUAUUUUCUUUACAUGAAUAAGCAGUUUUCUGAUUGAGAUCCGAUGGAUUAUUUUAUUAGAAACUUUUGAAAUGUUUGCAGAGAUUAGUCUUUAAUACUCCAAAAUUGGCUCUAUUUAAUAUCUGAAUUAAUCAGAGUUACAUAGUAACUUGUGUUGUUUGAUUAUUCUGAGUUUGCACAAAGAAGGAAAGCAAGAGAUAUGCUUAGGGUUUUUUAUACAUUAAAUUUUGUUCAGCAACACUAAAUUGCUAUCCUUUUCACGUAAAAUUACAAUAACCAAAUACAUGUCAACAUUUACCUGUGAUUAAAUUAUCACUAGUGAACUGAUAGAAAGUACAGCGAAUUUUAAGUACAUUUUGCUUCCUACUAAAAUCAAGAUAGCUAAAUAACAGCACUACUGAAUUCAGAUUAGAAUUAUUAUUUAUCUGAAAUAUUAGAAUCACCUGCAGUCUACCACUAUUCACACUGUGAUGGUUUGCAUAUUCUUGGCCCAGGGAUUGGCACUAUUAGAAAGUGUGCCUUGGGCUGGAGAGAUGGCUCAGUGGUUAAGAGCCCCGACUGCUCUUCCAGAGGUCCUGAUUUCAAGUCCCAGCAACCACAUGGUGGCUCACAACCAUCUGUAAAGAGAUCUGAUGCCUUCUUCUGGUGUGUCUGAAGACAGCUACAGUGUACUUAUAUAAAAUAAAUGAAUUUUAAAAAAAAAGAAAGUGUGCCUUGUAAGGGUGUGCCACUGUAGAGGUGAGCUUGCAGACUCUUCUCCUCACUGCCUGAAGAUGCCCAGUCUGCUCCUGACUUCCUUUGGGUGAGGAUGUAGACUUAGCUCCUCCUGCACCAUGCCUGCCUGGAUGCUGCCAUUCUACUGCCUUGAUGAUAAUGGACUCAACCUCUGAACCUGUAAGCCAGACCCAAAUAAUUGCUGUCCUUCAUAAAACUUACAUUGUUCAUAGUGUCUGUUCAUAGCAAUAAGACCCUUAGACACACACAAAUAAAACCAUGGUGCCUGUCUCUUCAUUUCUUUAUUGUUAGGAGCUUAGCAUGUGGCUGAUCACCAAGUAUCAUUUUAAAAUUAUUGAAUUAGAUAUAAGAAGCAGUGGAAACUUCUCAUUAUAGCACUAUGGAGGAGCCAACCUGUCAGUCAUAAAACUUCAGGGUAAAUUAGAAUACAUGGUAAUUGGUAAUAAACACAGCAUUUUAAGCUGACUGUCAAAGAAUGUUUCUUAUUAUAUUCAAAUCAAGAUGGAGUUCAAAUUUGUUAUUUCAAUUGAAAAUAAUGUAUUGAGUACAAUGCUUAUAAAAUGUAAAUUGUGGCCAUUUUUAUACUUUAUGCCUUUGAACUAAACUACAUAUAUAUAUGAAAUAUUUCAAGUAAUUUUGUAUGUAAUAGGGCAGUUGAAAAGCUAUAUUUUCUUUGUAGUCUGAAAUAUAUACACCUAUGUAACAUAAUAAAGAGAAAGAAUACCAAUUUGAAA